AUGAUUGUUGCAAGUGAUCAAAUGUUGGGCGCACUUUUGGUGCUAUUGGUUUGCAUUACGGGUUCAAUCAUUAACAUGAAAGCGUUUCUUCGAUUGAAAACUCAACAAAUGAAUGCUCCCCAUUUCGCUGGAUAUGCUAGAGCUCAUGUCCUUUUUGACACGUUCAACUUGGUGAGUUUUCUUUUGCACAUGCCUUGGAGUCUCUUGUUUCCGGAAUAUUGGGCUCUUGUCGACAACGCUACGAAUAUCCCUUUCGGUUAUUUUGCUCUUGCCACCGAAUUCUGUGCCUUUCUCUCGUCAAUGUUUCUCACGAUCAAUCGAGCUGCUUCACUUCUUGCAAUCAAUAAAGGGAAUAAAGUUUCCUUUUCCCCUCUAUGGAUCAUCGUUCCCUCAUUCGUUUUCCUCUACCUCGUCAGCAUCGCUUUUCUGUUUCGUGAGUUAAUCAAA